AUGGACAAACUUCCUAUUGAAAAAUCAUCAAGUUCAGAACCUGAAAAUGAUGAGUUGCAAACAAAUCCAAACGCAUUGAAGUCUCAUGGUUUCUCUGAUGAAAAUUUUAACGAAAUGUUUAACAAAGAAGAUGGUAGUUACCAAGAUAAGGAAGAUGACAAUGGCUCAAACGAGAAUUCUAAAAUGACAAUCAUUAAUGAUACGGAUGAAGAUGAUGAGGUUAAUGACAUGCAAUUUAUUAAUAACGAAAUGGUUAACAAUGAUAUUUGUAUCAAAGAUAAUGGAAAAGUUGAAGACAAUGACUCAAACGAGAAUUCUAAAAUGACAAUCAUUUAUGAUAAGGAUAAGGAUGAUGAGAAUGAUAACAUGCAAUAUUUUAAUGACGAAAUGGUUAACGAAGAAGAUAGUAGCCAAGAUGAGGACGACAAAGAUAAAGACGAUGUCACAAACAAUAAAUCUAGCAAUAAAAUGACAAUCUCCAACAAAGAUGAUAAUAGCCAGGACGAGGACGACGACAAGAGUGAAGACGAUGACACAAGCGACAAACCUAUCAAUAAAAUGUUAAUCCUCAACAAAUGGUAUAGCAGCCAAGAUGAGGACGACGACAAGAGUGUAAACGAUGGAAUAAAUGAAAAAUCCAGCAAUAAAAUGACAUUCUCUAAUAAAGAUUACAGCAGCCAAAAUGAGGACGACGACGAUGAUACAAGCGACAAACCUAUCAAUAAAAUGUUAAUCCUCAACAAAUGGUAUAGCAGCCAAGAUGAGGACGAUGACAAGAGUGAAGACGAUGAUACAAACAAUAAAUCUAGCAAUAAAAUGACUUUCUCCAAUAAAGAUUAUAGUAGCCAGGAAGAGGACGACGACAAGAGUGUAAACGAUGGAAUAAAUGAAAAAUCCAGCAAUAAAAUGACAUUCUCCAAUAAAGAUUACAGCAGCCAAAAUGAGGACGACGACGAUGAUACAAGCGACAAAUCUAUCAAUAAAAUGUCAAUCCUCAACAAAGGGUAUAGCAGCCAAGAUGAGGACGAUGACAAGAGUGAAGACGAUGAUACAAGCGAAAAAUCUAGCAAUAAAAUGACUUUCUUCAAUAAAAAUUAUAGUAGCCAAAAUGAGGACGAAGACGAUGAUACAAGCGAAAAUUCUAGCAAUAAAAUGACAUUUUCCAAUAAAGAUUAUAGUAGCCAAAAUGAGGAUGACGAUAAAAGUGAAGACGACAACUCAAUUGAUAGUAGCCAAGAUGAGGACAACAAGAGUGAAGACGAUGAUACAAGCGAAAAAUCUAGCAAUAAAUUGACUUUCUCCAAUAAAGAUUAUAGUAGCCAAGAUGAGGACGGCAAGAGUGAAGACGAUGAUACAAGUGUUGAAUCUAGCAGUAAAAUGAUGGCAGUUUCUAAUGAGAAUAAUAACGAUUUCAUCAGCAAAACUGUAACUUUAGAGACAGAAAACGAUGAUUCAGGUGAUGAUUCUAGCAGUAAGGCUUCGACUUCUAGCGAAAACAAUUAUAUUGAUAGUAAUUCACGUUUAAGUUUUGAUGACGAUAAUUCAAUUAACUUUUACAACAGCAACACAACUAGUAGCAGCCAAGAUAAUGUCAAUAGUGAAUCUGUUAUAAGCCUUUGUGAAGAUAAUAUUAUAAAUGAUUUUGAAUCUGAAGAAAACUCAACUUUUAACAGCUAUGAUGAAGAGAGUAGUAUCAAAAAUAUUACCUUUCGGAAUUACUCUAAUGAUUCUUGCAACGAAUCUUCAACUUCCAGUAGCGAUGAUGAUUUGAUGCUUUGUAUUUUUAGCAAUAGAAACAGAAUCGCAAUUCCUAGUAGCAAUGAUGAUACAGUUAUUAUUGAUAAAGACGAGGCUAAAUUUAACAAUGAAAAUAACAAAGAGAGUAGUUCUGAUAAUAAGAAUAUUUUUGAAUCAAAUAGUUCUAGUAGCGAUAUCUUUUGUUCUAUUAAUGGAGAUAGCGAUGACGCAAAUGAGAGCAGUUCUGAUAGCGAUGUUAUAAUUGAGAGCAGUUCUGAUAGGAAUGAUAUAAGUGAUAAUAGUUCUGAAAACGAUGAUAUAAAUGAGAAUAGAUCUGUUAGCGAUGAUACAAGUAUUAGCAGUUCUAAUAGCGAUGAUACAAGUACAAGCAGUUCUGAUAGUGAUGAUACAAGUAUAAGCAGUUCUGAUAGCGAGAGCAGCACUGGUGUCGAAGAUCCAAGUGUGAGAAGGUCUGAUAGCGAUGAUAGCAGUUCUGAUGAAGAAACAACAACUUUUAGCAGUGAAUGUAUGGAUGUAGAUUACUUAAGUUCUAGUAGUAAUAGUAUUAGGGGUGACUUAAACAGCGAAACUGACAGUGAUGAUGAUGGUAAUACUAUUAAAAACUCUAGAAGAGCAUUAAGUUUUGCAAUAUGCAUAAACUUUAAUAUUGUAUUGAAUGGUAAUGAUGAUUAUAUUGUUGAAUAA